AUGUUGUCCAUGUCAUCACCAUCAGGUUUUGAUAGUGACAGUAUUCAUUCCAUCCUAACCACAACGCCUUCAAAGGAAAGCCCGCGUUUAUCGUCUGAUAUGGGUCUCCUCAAUCAAGAUGAAUUUCCCUUCAAAUCAGAGCCAGCAUACAUGAUGGACGAAUUUCAUGGCGAGGGUCAUCAAACUGGUAUCAAGAAUCACUAUCAGAACGAUCACAAUCUAUCAUCAUUUGUAUUUUCUCCAAAAGAGAGGUCAUCAUCCACUCAAUCAAUGUUUAUUUUGGGAAACUUUGCCCCUUCCUAUUCAAGUGCUGAUAUGUAUCCAAUGUACCAAUCCACACAUGCGCCAAGGAGACACUCGACCAUUGAUUCGAUUAAUGGUGGCAGUGGUGACCCGGAGUAUGGCUCCUCGUUUGGAUUAUCACUGCCAUCUUCGCCCUCCUCGGCAGUGGAUGUAGAUUUUGAAAACAAGUUUGCCCAAAUGAACCACUUUGAAAAUUCUUCCAUCUACCACAACUCCUUUUCAUCGAAGGGAUCCCACUUUAGUGAUAUGGGCUCGCCCAAUCAGGAUAUGUUUCAGUCGUUCCACUCAAUCAAGCCUAAUGGCCAGGUUCCUUUUUACUCGGAAUCCAACUCGCUGCUCUCGUUGCCAAAGAAAAUAUCGCUGUACAAGACAGAGCUUUGCCGCACAUUUGAGGAGACCGGUUUCUGCCGAUAUGGUGUCAAGUGUCAAUUUGCACACGACAAGUCCGAGCUGCGAAUAAUACCUCGCCAUCCAAGAUACAAAACCGAAAUCUGCCGAACGUUUUGGGAGCUCGGAAACUGCCCAUAUGGAAAGCGAUGUUGCUUUAUCCACCUUGAGGCUGGCACGCUUAUGAAUGGAAAACCCCCGGGCCAAGCAAAGAUAGAGUCAGAUAACCAGUUCAAUGGCCCAGUUCAUCACGGCUUUCAAAAAGAUCUCCUUGUAAAAUCGAAUGUCGAUUCUGCGUCUGGUCCGCAUUUUUUUGAAUCGCUAGAACAUCUUGUAAAUCCAACAACCAAUCAUAAUUUAUCAUUAUUAUCUAAUUCUGCUGUAUCCUCUGCCUCAUCAUCGCCGCCUAGUAUUAGUUCUGCAGGAGACGCCACUUUCGCCGUUCCGGUGGGCUUUGGUUUUGAUUGGAUGAGGACCAGGCGUAGCCAAUCGUUAUCGUUCCCCUCAUCAAGCUCCAGCUCGCGAGAAUUUAAAGGGUUUCCUUCGCAUCCGACGACCCCCUAUUCUGCCUCAAGUGCCAAUUGCUCUUUGGAGUCCUCAAAGACCUUCGAUAUCUAUGCUUACGACAGAUCGGUUUCGGUGGUCGAAAGCAACGAUUACCUUUGCGAACACUGCUCAAAACAAGAGUCUGGCGACUUUAAAGCAAAGUUCGCAUCCAACUCGCUUUCCUGUAAAAUUAGUGUCUUUGAUGCAGAUAAAUCUGGGCAUUCUUGUAAUAUUAACGGCGAAGAAGAGUCUACCGAGUCCAUCAUUGCCGAUUCGCUGCUGGCUUCGCUUCCCGAUUAUUAG